UUUUUUAUCCAUAAAUACAUUUUAUGUUUUACAUUUAAAUGUAUAAUAAGACUGUUUGUCACUAGACAAUUGUCUUUGUACUUUGACCUUUAAACGUGUUUUAGCUGACGUAUUUACAUAUCUUCUAAUGACAUAAUUCUCUAUUACUAUUUAAAUAUUCAUUUAAGAGUUAAUAUAAGAAAAUAUAAAAAAAUAAAAAUGUUGCUUAGAAAGAUCUUCAACAAUGCUACUAUAUAUUCAAGAAUAUAUAGAAGAUUUUCUAUUAAAGCUAACCCUCAGAUAUCGGAAAACAUUAAUGGAUAUAACUUUGUACUAAAUGACAUGCAAAGAGAAACGCAAGAAAUGUUGCGUAAAUUUGUUAGAGAGGAGAUCAUUCCUGUUGCUCCUAAAUAUGAUAAAACUGGGGAAUAUCCAUGGGAUAUUAUUAAAAAGGUUUGGAACUUGGGAUUUAUGACCAAUUAUAUUCCACAACAUUGCGGUGGUAUGGAACAAAAGAUUUUUGAUGGAUGUUUAGCAACGGAGGAAUUUGCUUAUGGCUGCUCAGGGAUAGCAACUGCAAUAGAAACUAGCAGUCUUGGACAAACACCAGUGAUUGAAGCAGGAAAUGAACAACAACAGAAAAAGUAUCUUGGAAGACUCGUAGAAGAACCUCUUGUAGCUGCUUAUUGCGUUACUGAGCCUGGUGCUGGAUCCGAUGUAGCAGGUUUGAAAACUAGAGCUGUGAAAAAAGGAAAGGAAUGGAUUCUUAAUGGUACAAAAAUGUGGAUCACAAAUGGUGGUUUUGCAAAUUGGUAUUUUGUAUUGGCCAGAACAGAUCCUGAUCCAAAAGCUCCAGCCAGUAAAGCUUUUACAGGAUUCAUCGUUGAGCGUGAUUUUGAAGGCGUAACUCCAGGCCGUAAAGAAAUAAAUAUGGGACAACGAGCUUCCGAUACUAGAAUGAUUACGUUCGAAGAUGUUCGCGUACCCGAGGAAAAUGUAUUGUUAGGAGAAGGAGCUGGUUUUAAAGUUGCCAUGAAAACCUUCGAUAGAACUCGACCACCGGUAGCAUCUAUGGCUGUUGGAUUAGCACAGAGAGCUAUGGAUGAAGCUACCAAGUAUGCGAUGGAGCGAAAAACCUUCAACAAACCAAUAGCGGAACAUCAAGCUGUAGCAUUUAUGAUCGCUGAUAUGGUUAUUGGAGUUGAAACGGCUCGUCUCGCUUGGAUGAAAGCAGCUUGGGCACUAGACGUUUGUUAUCCAAAUGCUAGCAUUUAUUCCAGUAUUGCCAAGUGUUAUGCCGCUGACGUAGCUAACAAAUGCGCUACCGAUGCCGUCCAAGUCUUUGGUGGUGCAGGAUUUAACACAGAAUAUCCUGUGGAAAAAUUAAUGAGAGAUGCGAAGAUCUUCCAAAUUUAUGAAGGUACAUCGCAGAUUCAAAGAUUAAUCAUAUCUAGAAAUCACUUUGGUGAAGCUGCGAAGAAGUUACAAUAAAAAGAUAUAUUUAUAUGUUAUCGAUAAGAUUCG